AACAAAUUUGUCGUGUGUAAUCAACCCUUGUGCCAGUAUAUGUGGCGCGUCCUGCAGAGCCGAAAUGCCACUUGGCUGUCACUAGGUCCCAGCGACUGUCUGUGGGAGAGAAAGCCAGCGGGUUGACAGUGCUGAGCGUCUGCAGCAGGAACCCGGUCAGCCAUGUCGAGGCUGGUGCGUUGUGUCUGCACCUCUUCUUCCACACUUCUCCAGCAAGGCGUCCGAUGGAAAGUACCCUCGGGAGGAAGGAGGGCCUUCAGAACCUACCCUGCUCUGUGGGACCUCAAGGCCCCCCAAGGGGUCCUGUAUAAGGAGCUGGUGGUGGGAGUUCCCAAAGAGACGUUCCACAAUGAGCGGCGCGUGGCCCUGUCCCCCGCGGGGGUCCAGGCGUUGGUCAAGCAGGGCUUCAGGGUGCAGGUGGAGAGCGGGGCCGGGGAGGAGUCCCAGUUCUCUGACCUCCAGUACACCGAGGCCGGAGCCUCCAUCACAGACACCCAGGGGGCCUUCGGCUCAGACCUGGUCCUCAAGGUUCGUGCCCCUGGGAUGACUGAGAUCGAUCUCCUGAAACCAAAGUCCACACUGGUGAGCUUCAUCUAUCCAGCUCAGAACCCUGAGCUGAUGCAGAAGCUCUCAGAGAGACAGAGCAACGUGCUGGCCAUGGACCAGGUGCCCAGGGUCACUAUCGCACAGGGCUUCGACGCACUGAGCUCCAUGGCCAACAUCGCCGGAUACAAGGCCGUUGUUCUGGCAGCCAACAACUUUGGCAGGUUCUUCACUGGCCAGAUUACAGCAGCAGGCAAAGUACCCCCGGCCAAGGUCCUGGUUAUCGGAGGUGGAGUGGCAGGUUUAGCAGCAGCCGGUGCCGCAAAGUCAAUGGGCGCCAUAGUUCGAGGAUUCGACACCAGACCAGCCGCUUUGGAGCAGUUCAAGUCGUUCGGUGCGGAGCCUCUGGAGGUACACAUCCAGGAGUCUGGGGACGGCGUGGGGGGCUACGCCAAGGAGAUGUCCAAGGAGUUCAUCGACGCCGAGAUGGCUCUGUUCGCAAAGCAGUGCAAAGAGGUGGACAUUCUCAUCAGCACGGCACUCAUCCCAGGGAAGCGCGCCCCCAUCCUGAUCAAGAAGGAGUUUGUGGAGUCCAUGAAGGAGGGCUCUGUGGUGGUGGACAUGGCUGCGGAGGCGGGGGGCAACAUUGAGACCACCAAGCCUGGAGAGCUCUAUGUUCACAAAGGUGUGACACACAUCGGCUUCACGGACCUUCCCAGCCGCAUGCCAACACAGGCCAGCACCCUUUACUCCAACAACGUCCUGAAACUGCUCAAGGCCAUCAGCCCGGACAAGGAGUACUUCCAUUACGUACCCAAAGAGGAGUUUGACUAUGGCACCGUGGACCAUGUGAUCCGCGGGACUCUUGUGAUGCAGGACGGCAAGAACAUGUUCCCCUCCCCGUUGCCCAAGACCCUGCCCCCGCCCCCGGUCAGGCAGCAGACCGUGGCCGAGCGGAGGGCGGCGAAGGCUGCCGAGGUCUCUCCCUUCAGUCGCACCAUGACCAACGCUGGCGUUUACACCACAGGUCUGUCCACCUGUCUGGCUCUCGGCAUCGUGGCGCCCAACGCGGCGUUCACCCAGAUGGUGACCACGUUCGGCCUGGCAGGCAUCGUGGGAUACCACACAGUGUGGGGCGUGACCCCUGCCCUGCACUCCCCGCUCAUGUCCGUCACCAACGCCAUCUCAGGACUGACGGCCGUUGGAGGUCUGGUCCUGAUGGGGGGUGGUCUCACCCCCUCCAGCCUACCUGAGAGUCUGGCUCUGGGCGCCGCCUUCGUGUCCUCCAUCAACAUCGCUGGUGGUUUCAUGAUCACCCAGAGGAUGCUGGACAUGUUCAAGCGGCCCACAGACCCACCUGAGUACAACUACCUGUACGCCCUGCCAGGCGCGGCCUUCAUCGGGGGAUACGGAGCCUCGGUGGCCGCUGGGUACAGCAUUGAGCAGAUGGUGUACCUGGGCUCUGGGAUGUGCUGUGUGGGGGCGCUGGCCGGCCUGUCCGCCCAGCGCACCAGUCGCCUGGGGAAUACCCUGGGCAUGAUGGGGGUAGCAGGGGGCAUCGCUGCCACCUUAGGGUCCCUCCAGCCCUCCCCCGAACUGCUGUCUCAGAUGUCUCUGGCGAUGGCCACCGGUGGAACCCUUGGUCUGACCAUUGCCAAACGCAUCGAGAUCACAGACCUGCCGCAACUCGUGGCCGCCUUCCACAGUCUGGUCGGUCUGGCGGCUGUCCUCACCUGCGUGGCAGAGUACAUGAUCGAGUUCCCCCAUCUGGACACCCACCCGGCCGCCAACAUGGUCAAGACCGUGGCCUACCUGGGCACCUACAUCGGAGGAGUCACCUUCAGUGGAUCGCUAGUGGCCUACGGGAAGCUUCAAGGCGUCCUGAACUCUGCGCCCCUGCUGUUGCCCGGCCGACACAUGAUGAACGCGAGUCUGAUGGCGGCCUCCAUUGGCGGCAUGAUCCCCUUCAUGCUGAGCUCCAGCUACGCCACCGGGAUGGGCUGCCUGGUGGGGGUGUCCGGCCUCUCCACCGUCAUGGGUGUGACGCUCACCGCGGCCAUCGGGGGCGCCGACAUGCCGGUGGUCAUCACCGUGCUGAACAGCUACUCUGGCUGGGCCCUGUGCGCCGAGGGCUUCCUGUUGGAGAAUAACCUCAUGACCAUCGUGGGCGCUCUGAUUGGCUCGUCCGGCGCCAUCCUCUCUUACAUCAUGUGUGUGGCCAUGAACCGAUCCCUGCCUAACGUGAUCCUGGGCGGUUACGGGACCACCUCCACAGCGGGCGGGAAGCCCAUGGAGAUCGUGGGCACCCACACUGAGGUCAACGUAGACCAGUCUAUUGAGAUGAUCAAAGAAGCCAGCAGUAUCAUCAUUACACCAGGUUGGGGUCUGUGUGCCGCUAAAGCUCAGUACCCCAUUGCAGACAUGGUGAAGAUGUUGUUGGAGCAGGGAAAGACCGUAAGGUUUGGGAUCCACCCGGUCGCUGGCCGCAUGCCUGGCCAGCUGAACGUCCUCCUGGCUGAGGCUGGUGUUCCCUAUGACGUAGUCCUGGAGAUGGACGAGCUCAAUGAAGACUUUGCUCACACUGAUCUCACGCUGGUCAUUGGUGCUAAUGACACAGUGAACUCUGCUGCACAAGAAGAUCCCAACUCCAUCAUCGCUGGUAUGCCAGUGCUGGAGGUGUGGAAGUCCAAGCAGGUGAUCGUGAUGAAGCGUACUCUGGGAGUGGGUUACGCUGCAGUGGACAAUCCCAUCUUUUACAAGCCAAACACAUGCAUGCUGCUGGGAGAUGCGAAAAAGACAUGCGACAGCCUUCAGACCAAGAUCAGAGAGGCCUAUUAUUAG